AUGGCUGCAGAGGCGGCGGGCGAGCCGGAGGUGGCGCCAUCGCCGGCGCCGCCGCCGGUGUUCAAGACGCUCAGGGAGAAGAAGUCGGCUCAGGCGUCGGCGGAGGGCUGGGCGGCGGAGGUGGCGAGGGCCGAAAAGCUCUACGGAGAAGUUCGUGAUGGCGGCGUUCCCAAGGGGACGAUCCUGUGCCUCGGCAGGGUGCUCGACGCGCACGAUGAGCAGGACGACGCGGAGGGUGGGCGCCGGGAUUGGGAGGAGGACCCGCUCGGGUUCGACACCAACCCGGGAGGGGCUGCUCCGCGCCAUUUCAUUUAA